AUGCUAGAGGGAGGCAAGGCAAGAGUGAAGGUAACACAAGUUAGAUGGAAUUUACCCCCAAUUGGUUGGUAUACUUGCAACACAGAUGGUGCUUCUAGAGGUAACCCAGGGAGGAGUGCCUAUGGUUUUUGUCUGAGAAAUGCAGAAGGGAAUCUAAUAUAUGCUAAGGCUGAGGAAAUUGGGUAUGCUACCAAUAUAGAAGCAGAAAUCGUGGCUCUGUUAGAAGCCUUGAAAUACUGUAAGCAACAGGGAUUAAAUAACAUUAUUUUUCAGACAGAUUCCCAAACUAGUCAAAAAAUUUUGAUUGGAGAAUGGAAACCUCCAUGGAAUAUUGCAGUUUGGGUAGCAGAGGUGGAGGAAUAUAAGAAGGAUUUGGAUGUUAUUUUCAAACAUACACUAAGGGAAGCUAAUAAAUUAGCUGAUGCACUAGCAAAUUAUGCCUUAGAUGAAGGUCCCCUACAAUGUCACAUGUUCGAGGAGCUGAAAGUACACACAAAAAGUCCAAACAAAAAGUCCAAACAACACAAAAAAGGGGAAACAAAACACAUGAACAACAACAAAUCAGUUACUGGUACAAAAAGAACAACAAUGACGGAGAACAAAUGGAGAUAG